AAACACUUGUGUUGUCAUCGCUUAUUUUGGUGUAAACAGGAACAGUCUAGAAUUUCGACCAAAUGUGAUUUAUGGUUUAAUAUACUGGUACAUUUAGGCUAGAUUCCUCUUAAAAACUGGUAAAUUACAGAAACAAACUGGAUUAUUUACCUCGUUUACAGAAGUCAACAAAAUUCAGGGCGCCAUGCUAGAGGGUGAUGUGGACAUUCAAGUGGACCGGGACACCACGCGGCCCACACGCGCCUGGGACCGCAUCGCCGUCAAACAGACGGUCACUAAGGUUACUCCACUAGACCCGGCCAUGCCCCUUAGUGAGGGAAAGCUGAGGGUCGUGUGUAUCUCGGACACCCACAUGCGACUAGAGGCCCUGCCUCAUCCCGUGCCGUCUGGGGACAUUCUUCUGCAUGCGGGAGACUUCACAAAUACCGGACUUCCGACAGAGAUCAAGGCGUUUGAUGAUUUCAUGGGUACAUUGGAUCACCCUGUGAAGAUUGUGAUUGCCGGAAACCAUGACCUAACCCUGGAUAAAGACAUGGUGAAAAACAGGCGGGAAUACCUUAAAACAAAUUUUCGAAUAACAGAGAAAGUGUAUGAGGAGGUUUUGGAGAGGCUUGGUGUGACCGGAAGUCAUGAGCUGCUCACGAAUUGCGUGUAUCUGGAGGAUGCCGGGAUAGACGUAUGUGGUCUACAUGUGUACGGCUCGCCAUGGCAGCCGGAGUUCUGUGACUGGGGUUUCAAUCUCCCCCGGGGCCAGGCGUGCCUAGAGAAGUGGAAUCUCAUACCCGAUAAAACAGAUAUCCUUAUUACUCACGGACCGCCCAUUGGCCAUGGUGAUGCGUGUUUCGACAAACAACGGGCGGGAUGCGUGGAGCUUCUGGCGACAGUCCAACGCAGGGUACGGCCCAGGCUCCACUUGUUUGGCCAUAUACACGAAGGUUACGGCGUGACGUCAGACGGCACGACGACGUUCGUGAACGCAUCCACGUGUACACUACGUUACAAACCGGACCACGCGCCUCUCGUGUUCGACGUUUCCAUACCCCCGGGCCACACAAAAGCGGAACUCGCCCAGAUAAAACCGCACCGCCUUGUCCGCUAGCAACCUAUGGCCACACAUGAGAAAAAGGCUUCGUGACGCAUGUGUUUCAUGGCAAUGAGGCUAAUUGUGAUAAAUGAACACUGAAUGUUCAUUCAAUAUGAUAUGGUAUGACUUCUCAAAUACUUUACUAUAAUUGAUUGAAUAUAUGUGCACAUUUAAUGUUUAUAUACGAGUUGGAUGUUAUUAUAUAUACUUUUUAUUUUAUUAUAAUAAAUUAACUCAAGUGAA